GGGGAAGCCGAACUACGUUUCCCAAGAUGCCGUGGAGUUCUCUGGGAGUAAUGUAGUUCAGUUCUGAAACGGGAGGAGGGAGAAAACAUCCGGACUGCAGAGCGACCGGAGAGAUUCAGCAUGGGGAAGCGGUACUUUUGUGAUUACUGUGACCGGACUUUCCAGGACAAUCUUCACAACAGGAAAAAACACUUGAACGGGGUGCAGCAUUUAAGAUCCAAGGAAGUCUGGUAUAAUCUCUUUCGAGAUGCUGCAACCAUCUUACAGGAAGAACAGAAAAAGAAACCUUGUCGGAAAUUUUUGCAAACAGGCCACUGCGAUUUUGGUUCCAACUGCCGAUUUUCUCAUAUGACGGGAGCAGAUCUCGAGAAGUUGAACAUGCAGGUGCAAGAGGAGAGGAGAGCGAAAGAACAGCAGCAAGAUGGGACGGUGCUCCCGGUGGGCACAAUUGAGGCCUGGUUGGAGAAGCGUGCCAAGCGGCUGCGGGCAGCUCAACGGGACAGUCCUCAUUCCGAAGAAGAACUGGUCUUCCAGUAUCCACCGGGAUGGCCCCCGGUUCAGGAACUGCCACCCUCCCUGAGAGCGCCUCUCCCGGGUGGAUGGACGAUCCCCCCAGGCCUCCACUGGGGCUGAGAGCUGAUGGAGAUGAAAUGAUGGACCCUUGAAGGCUGGAGGAUUCUCGGUGUGCCUCUGGAGAAAAACAAGAGAAUUUAGCCCAGCAUCUUUUCAGAAAUCCCUGCACCGCCGGCUAAUUUAGAAUUUGCAGAAAGGAGACCGAAAGAGAAGCACAUUAAAGGACUGAACAAACUCUAGCAUAAUUUAUUUAAAUUGUCUCCACGAAUUACUCACAGUUCCGGGAGACUUCCCUCGAUCUGCGGUGCUCAGUCCGAGCAGCCAGGCCAGUCUCCAAAAUUAAAACUUACAAAGAG